CCAACCCAACCUCGCGUCUAGAUAUAGCGACCGAAACAAACGCCGAAUCGAGGUGUCAUAUCGAGUAAUUUAUCGGCGCCCACCCCAGCAAUCGCGGCAGAUCUCGCCGGCCGGGCCAUGGCUGCAGCCGGCGCGAUCCGGCGGGCGGCGGCGUCGGCGGUCGACAGGGCGUGCGCGGGCGCCAGGGGCUUCCGGCGCGCGCUGGCCCGGUUCGCGCCGCGUCCCUCGGCGUUCGCGCCGGCCGCCGACGCGGAGGCCGCGGCGGUGCGGGCCGUGCGCAACCUCCGCACGUUCCGGUUCCACUACGCGGCGCUGCAGUGGGCGCUCCUCCUCGCCUCGCUCGCGCCGCGGCACCGCGCGUCGGUGGUCUUCCUCAUGGCGGCGUCCAAGGGCCUCCUCGUCUACGGGGGCCUCCUCAGGGCGUUCCCCAACUCGGCCCUGCUGCGAAGGCUCCUCGACCGCCGCCUCGUCGCGGCCGUCUUCGUUGCGCUCGUUCUCGCCGACAUCGCCGCCGCGGGCGCCGUCGCCAACCUCCUGGCCGCGCUCGCCGCGGGCGUCCCGGUCAUCGUCCUCCACGCGUCCUUCCGCGUCCGCGACGACCUCGAGGUGCCCUCCCCGGACGCGGCGGAGAACGGCAAGGAGGAGGAGACGGCGGCGGUCGUGGAGAAGAAGGAGGACGGCGACGUCGAGGCGGGACCCACGCGCCGGUCCAUGGCGGCAGCGCCAAGAUCACCCAAAUGAGGAAUUACAGUAUUACUACGACCUAGUAAUGAUCAUAGAUUACUGCUCCGAUUGUCUUGGAAUAUAGGAACAAUUCUUGGUCAAACCUGUCUGCCUGCUUCUUGUUUCAUACCGUGAGCCUAGGAAUUUUUGGACAAGUUCAAUUAGUAGAAUGCAGUAGUAACUGUGACAGUGAAUGAGGAUCAAGGAGACUCAUUGUGAAGUCUUUUACUCAUAUUCCUUGGGUACUGACUAAACACAUUUGCAAGAAACGGCUUAAAGCAUGCCCCCAUUGAUCAA